GAAAAGCGCGCGAACGCAGUGUGGCGCCGACGCCCGCGCGCACCACACGACCACACGGCCGCGCGUGCGCACACGCGCUGUCAAAAUCGCGGGUGACAGUUCCGAAUUUGAAUACGGAACGCGGAUUGGCCAGUAUCUGUAAAAUGGAACGGAUGGUAUCCAACCUCUUUGUUAUCGACCUCACUUGACAUCCCGAUCCUUUCACAAACUUUUGUACGCGUCCGACGAUGGUUUGAAUAGAUAUUCAGUGACAUUAGGCUUUGAAUGUACAUAAUAAAUGUGUUAGUGUACUGGAUUCGAGUGCUAAACAUUCUGUAAGGUCUGCUUAAUUUUGUUUAGUUAGUUCAGUGGUUACAAGGGCGUGAAAAUUGACUGCUUCGAAGUGUGAACUGAAAACGUGUAAACUGAUAUAUUGUUUCUAAUAAGAGUGCUCUCCUAUUUGUUUUUGAUAGUACAACGGAUAUUAAAAUCAACUUUAAAUAUUAAGUUGGUGGAGUCACUGUGAGUGUGGGAAGAGAGGGUACGAAUGAUGCCCGCUGCGGAGCGGGACGUCGUCGACAGCGAGUCUCUGAUUAGCCAACAUGUUCACAAGGUGUUUUCCAGGUUCGAUCAGGGCAAGUCUACGAAAGGCGCGAGCAAGCUGCGUCGAGACCUCAUCAAUGCGGAGAUCGCCAACCUGAGGGACCUGCUGCCGCUGCCGCCGUCGACCCGACAGCGUCUCUCCCAGCUACAGCUCAUGGCCCUUGUCUGCGUCUACGUCAGGAAGUCCAACUAUUUCCAACAAGUUUUCAAACGCUUUGACAUAAAUCACCAGCCGUCUAACACAUCGAAUUUUGGAUUUUCUAAGGCUUUGAACGGCUUCCUAAUGAUGAUGACGCAGAACGGGAAACUUCUCUACAUAUCUGACAAUGCGGCUGAAUAUCUUGGACAUUCUAUGGAAGAUCUUCUAAUACAUGGGGACAGCGUGUACGAUGUCAUCGACAAACAAGAUCAACAAGCGGUGAGGUCAGAACUGUCGCGAGCGCCCUCUGACGGAGAAGACAGGGUGUUUCUAUGUCGGAUGAAUGUUGCGAGAAAUGCCAGGAGACAGAUGAGGUUCGGCGAUCAAAAGGUGGUACUGGUCCGUGGCCACUACGUAUCGUAUCUACCUUUGUGCAGUCGCAACGAGCCCGUCUUCCUCGCGGUGUGCACGCCGCUCGCCAUGCCGGAGACACGCGAGUGCGUCGUCCAUGGUGCAACCAACGUCUUUACCACCGUACACGCUAUGGAUAUGAAAAUACUACACAUUGAUACCAAUAGCGAAUGGCAUCUGGGUUGGGAAAGAAGCUCGCUGCACGGCGUCAGUUGGUACCAUCUUCUGCAUCCUGAAUGCUGCAAAGUGGCUCAGAGCAAACAUCGAUUAAUAACACAAUCGGAGCAAGAACGGUCGUGUAUAGCACUACUGCGUCUCCAGCGUCGCUGCGGGCAGUUCCUGUGGGUACACGCCGUACUACAGCUCAAGGACAACCUAGAGAAUUCGCAGCGGCCUGUAAUAGUCUGCACUAAUCAAGUAUUAAGUGAGCAAGAAGCCGCCGUAAUGAAAGCAAACCCGUGGUUGUACCACUAUUACGCGGUUCAGUCCAAACUACACUACGGACUGGCUUACGAAGCUGCUACCAGAAUGUAUGGACCACCACCGCCAGACAUUCCAGUCUACCCACCGGCUAUGCAGUACACCCAAUCACCGCCUGUGUGCAUCAACGGCAACCAAGUCAUGAUGACCAACAGUGGACUGCAACCUCAUUUAUCACAUGUUCCUCCGCACUUAACACCAAUACAUUAUGCUUACGAAAGAACCGACAACGGGCCAGUAGACUACUCCGUAACAUUACAAGAAAACAGGUACCACAAUAUUCAAUUGGAGGAUACCAGAAUCCUGCCUAAUGCGAAAAGGAAAGCAAAAACCGACGAUAAAACUAGCUUACCUCUUACUAACCUUUCCCCACGUUUCUCGUCUACUGGUAAUGCCGGAGGAGAAACGCUAGUAGCAAUAUCCGCUGGUGUUGCUAGUCGAAGACCGGGGUCAAAGAAUUUUAAUAUAACAGAGACGGAUUUGGUUGAUCAAUGGAACCCAAGUCCAACGUGGUCGGAGUCAGCAUUACAGAAGGUUCCUGACGUCUGUCAUCAGGAUCUAAGUCCAUACGUCACGACAACCCCACCAACGCCCUCUGGCACACCAUCUGCGUACACGCAGAACUAUAGUCACACAUUCGUCUUCGACUGGUCGCCCGAACAAUAUGUUCCUCACACUAACAAUAGAUGUAGUACAAUAACAACUGAAAGUUCCUAUCAGCAGACGUGGAAUCGAGGUCAAAGAACAACUUAUACUAACGCGGAAAGUUCAGUCGAUGAGAACUGCAAUCCUAAUAGAUUAAGUUUACCAAUGAGGGUCAGUAGUCCAGUAUCGGAGUAUGGCAGUAGGGAUGAAGAGAUUCUAAGAAGACAAAUUGACCGACCACAUCCAGAUUCACCAGGUGCCAAAAAACCUGCACUAUAACUGUAAUAUAUUAGUUUGUAAUUUUUUAGUUCAAUACUUUGUUACCCUAUUCCUAUUGAUAUUUUUUAAAUAAGUUUUUAUAUAAUGUGCAAGCUCUGGAAC